UACAAAUCCAAAUCAAUGCAAAAAAAUUCGAAACACGAAGAGAUCGGUCGCUGAUGGCAGCGUCGUUCAGGUGGUUAUUACAACUACACAAAGAUGUUCCAAAAGCUGCACGUUUCUAUUCAGAAGGCUUAGACUUCACAGUCAACGUUUGCACUCUCCGUUGGGCUGAACUUCAAUCUGGUCCUCUUAAGCUUGCUCUCAUGCAUUCCCCCAUUGACCAAAGCACGCAGAAGGGAUACAGUUCACUUCUUUCAUUUACAGUGACUGAUAUCAAUAGUACUGUGACUAAGCUAAUGGCAUUAGGAGCUGAACUUGAUGGACCUAUCAAAUAUGAAGUCCAUGGCAAGGUUGCAGCUAUGAGGUGCAUUGAUGGACAUCUCUUAGGCCUCUAUGAACCUGUUUAAGAUACCUGAAGAGAUUCACUAUCACCAAUAGUAUCAUUUUUUUUUUUAACUAUUGAAAUUGUAAUUUGAGAGGUGCCCUAGCGCAGCGGUAAAGUUGUUGUACGCGACUGAAAUGUUACGGGUUCAAGGUUUAGGAACAGUUGUAAAAAACAAGGCAAGGGUGCAUAUAAUACACCAAAAAUGGUGGAACCCCUUACCGUAUCCUACGUAUGCGAGAACUUUAUUGCAUCAGGUUAUCCUUUUAAUGAAAUUAUAAUAUAAUUUACACAGUUGUUUGUUGCUUC